GUGGAAAUCCCCCUACGUCACAACUGGGGAAACCCCAAAGAUUCGUCGCCAUGUCAACGACUAACAACAACAGUUGGUCAUAUGACAGACGUCCAUAAAUUGAUCACGUGAACUCUCCCACGCGAAGCAAACCCCCAGAUUCAGCCAACUGCUCUUUGAGGUCACCAUGCAAUGCCGUCACCAAUCCCCAUCACCCGACUGUUGCCAAAGGAUUUCGGGCUUGAGUUUGGUGCGUGCAGUAGCCCGCUAACCAAAACUACGAGUGGAUCUACUCUACGUGUCCCAGUCAACACGUUUCACGGUAAAGUCGCCCACAGACUGUGGUCCUCAGUGAUCCACUGGCGAGAACUGCAGGCUCUGGAGCCCAUCGGCAGCGGUGGAUUCGGAACGGUGUUCAAAGCCACAUACUUCGGCGAGACUGUUGCUGUGAAAAAAGUGAGAUGUGUGAAAAACAAACUGGCUUCGAGGCAAAGUUUCUGGGCGGAACUCAAUGCUGCGCACUUGCACCAUCAAAACAUUGUGCGCGUGAUUGCGGCAACCACGUGUACUCCUGCGCACCUCAACACUAAAGACAACAUCGGAACGAUUGUAAUGGAGUUCGCUGGAGCCCUAAAUCUACAUCAGGUCAUUUACGGACUCGCAGCCCCGUUGCCUAUGGAUAAGUGCGUGAAAUAUUCAAUAGACAUCGCUCGCGCGCUCCAGCACUUGCACGCGCAUGCCACAGUCCACUUGGAUUUAAAACCUGCCAAUGUUUUAGUAUCACAACAGGGUGUCUGUAAGCUCGCAGAUUUUGGCUGUUCUUUUAAACUAUCGAGCAAAAGCGACACCGUGGUGACGCAUCUGAGUGAAAUCGGUGGCACGUUCACUCACCGCGCGCCCGAGCUGCUGAAAGGCGAGGAAGUUACUACGCGCGUGGACAUUUAUUCUUUUGGCAUCACAAUGUGGCAGCUCCUCACCCGAGAGUUGCCGUACGAGGGAGACAGACAGUGUAUUCUGUAUGCUGUUGUGGCGUAUAAUCUGCGUCCAUCCUUCACUAGGGAUGUUUUUAUUCAGUCAUCUUCUGGAAAGACAUGUCAAAAGCUGAUCAGUCGGUGUUGGGACAGCGACCCCAACAUCCGACCGACCGCAGAUCAGCUCGUCAAUGAACUUUCUUUGAUAUUAUUGUGAAUUUGCACGACAAAAUGCAUUUAGAUUUGUUUUAUUGUAAUGAUGUUUAAUAUUGUAAAUGUUUGCAUUUUUUAUUGUGAAGCAAAAUAUUUUUAAUAUAUAAAGAGCUUUAAUUAAAUGUUUUGUUUAAAUCGAGCCUUUUGUAAUAUUUUUGAGGUUAUUUUCCUUAAUGUUUACACAGAAAUGUGAGAAGUUGAUAGCUGAACGUUUGUGAAAUAGCUUCUUUUGUAAGAUACAUUUUAUUUUAUUUAUUAGUAAAUAAACGUUAAGUUUCCGCAUGUUAUUAAUUAUCGUUUUACGCAUAGUUAACAUUAACAUUCUUGAAAAAUAUGACCGAUUUUACACGGAGCCUUCUAGUAGUCGCCAUUUUGUUCACCUGAAUUGAAUAUUACGCAAAUAAAUGAUUAAUAAAUUAAAAGCUUUUCUCUUAAAAAAAAAAAAAAAAAAAAAAAAAA